AUGUUUCGGUUUUCAGGGAAGUGCUUGAUGGCAAGGACCCUUGGACUUCUUACCUCCUAUGGUCUCCCUGACGGCUUUCAAUAUUUCGAACACAAGGUCGCCGACAAGGAUAUUCACGCUAACUACGAGAAUCUGGAGACUCUCAAGUUGACCCUAACCCGGCAAGAUGAGUUUAUUUUUAGUGAAAAGCCUGUGAAGUGUGUUACCAUUGCUGGCAGCAACGGCGAAUGUGGUAUUUAUCCUGGCCACGCCUAUAAAAUCAUUCGGUUAAUUCCAGCUCCUAUUCAUGUGGAAUUAAGCAAUGGAACGAUCCAAAAGUUUUUCGCGAGCGGUGGCUUUGCACACGUAAAUAACGAAGGAUCGUGCGAUAUUAACUGCACCGAAUGCAUCCCUUUUUCGGAGCUCGAUCUUGGCGCGGCGGAAAAGGCACUCGCGGAGCAAAACACACUUCUUUCUUCGUCGAAGGAUGAAAAGUCUAAAUCGAUAGUUGAAGUUCGUAUUGGUGUUAUAGAGGCAGUUAUUCAAGCCCUUCGUAGUCACCAGUAG